AUGAGCGCCGCCGCAUCCCGCAAGUCACGCAUAGCCACGAGUGUGGCGAGAGUUAUGUACACCAAUGCAGUCUAUUUCCCUAGCAGCAGAAUAUAUCAAGGUGAUUCGCCGGGAAUGCUCAAUUACAGCUGCAUCAACCACGUGUAUUAUGCGUAUGCCAGCGUGACGGCGGACGGCAAUGUAUUUCUCGGCGAUGAGUGGGCCGAUGCCAGAGCGCCAGUGGAUGGUGUUCAGGGUGGCUUGGGAUCCUUGAUGCAUCUCAAGCAGAGGCACCCUCACCUGCAGGUCGUCUUAUCUAUCGGCGGCAGCACUGCGUCAGAGGUGUUCCCCAUUGUUGCCUCAAGCACUCUCCUCCGAGAUAAUUUUGCCCGGUCUGCCCUUGGCCUCGUGGAAGCAUCCGGGCUCGAUGGCGUUGACAUUGCCUGGGAGUUUCCAUCCCAAGCUAAGCAUGGCCACGACUUCCUGGCCUUGCUGGCAGCAGUGCGGAUUCAUAUGCCAGAAGACCGCUUCAUUUUGACAGCUGUCCUCCCUGCGGCGAAGGAGGUUCUCCAACUAAUCGACCUCAGCACAGCGGCCGAGUACCUUGACUACAUCAACCUUGUGGCAUAUGACUUCUUCGGCACGUGGACGUCCAAGACUGGCCAUCACGCCCAGCUAUAUACCAUGAACAAGGAUGAACCCUCAGCAUCGACUGGCGUGGCCUAUGUCAUUGCCCAAGGAUUCCCCCCAAAGAGCAUCCUGCUCGGGAUCCCGACCUACGGACGAAGCUUCCUCAAGGCCAAUGGACCAGGGCAGGACUUUAACGGUGUUGGCGGGCAAGAUGGCACAUUCGAAUACGGCGAAUUACCACGAAAGGGAUGCAAAGAGAUUGUGGAUAGGCGCUACAUUGCGGCCCAAUGUGUCGGUGGUGAUGGGGGGUUUGUCACGUAUGACAACCCCGAGACGGUCAAGGUCAAGGCGGAAUUUUGCAAGCAAAAGGGAUUAGGGGGGCUCUUUUACUGGAACGGGCCGGCUGACUCUCGAGAUCAAGCACGAAGUCUGAUUGCGGCUGGUUUCCGCGCUCUACACACCUCGUGA